AAGGUGCGCCGGGAUUCACGGCUCUUGUAGCCCCUCUCUAACCGCUAUGCGCCUGUACAUCCAGCGUGCCUUGCGGCAGCCCCCGUAAAGAAACUAUGACUCCCGGCAUGCUCCGCCGCUUCAGGCCGAGCCGCACGGCCAGGCUCCGCUGCGCGCGGCAUCUUGGGACUCGUAGUCCGGAGGGUCUGAGAGGCAGAACCGCAUUUCUCAGGGUGCCCCGCGGCGCUCGCCCCCUAGCGGCCGUUAGGACCGUUGCCGAAGAGAGGAAAGGUGCUUGCUGCCAGAGCAUCCUCGAGAGGAGGCAGCAGACUGACUUCUCUGGAAAGAAAAUGAAGAGUGCUGCCAGACCUUGGAGUGCAAUGGCAAAGCAAGGGAACCAUGGGAUUGACCGAGGAAAAUCUCUCCCCACCGCUUCCUCAGGCAUGAAGACCUCCAAAUCCUCUACUUCACUUGCUUUUGAAUCUCGGCUUAGCAAGCUAAAAAGAGCUAGCAGUGAUGACAUGUUAACAAAGCCAGGGGUGACAGCAGCUUCUGGGGUCUCCAGACUGAAGAAGACCAUUACAACAGGAGCAAUUUCUGAGCUUGCUGAGAAUCGACUGAAGUCCAGCACAGGAAUUGUUUCAUCAGCGAAGCGCACAGGGAUUCCUGCUCCUCGGGAAAUUUCAUCAACUGUCUCCAGAGAGAGAGCUGUGUUGCGUGGUCCAGCCAACACCAGGAAAACUCAGCCCAGCCCAACUUCUUCGGGCACGCCCACCCCUACUAAGCACCUGCGUCCUUCUGCCAAGUCCAAGCAAGAGAAUGAAACUGGGGACAAGGCAGUUCUGGAGUCCCAGGUUAAGGAACUCUUGGCAGAAGCAAAGACAAAAGACACUGAAAUCACCAAGCUCCGGAGUGAGCUGAAGAAAUGCAAAGACAAAGGGUCAGUUAACUCUGAAGGGAUUGGUGCUUCAGACCAAAAUGUAGAAACGUUACCAUUGUCGCCUGGUGACAUAGACCCAUUAAUACAGACUCUUCAGGAAAAGAACAGGACUUUUCAAAAAGAGCUUGCUAGCCUGGUGGAAGAAAACCGGGUUUUGAAGGAGAAACUGAUUUAUCUAGAGCACUCCCCUCUCUCGGACACAACAACAAGCAGCGGGGGUGACAGCAGCUUCACAACCCCAAUCACUCAAGAAUCAAGUUUUGGAAGCCCCCAAAAAAAUCUAUUGAGAGGUGAACCAGAUGAGCCCAGACAGAGUGUGAAUGGAGAAGCAGUGCGAAAGUCAGGUUCUUCUAGCAGUGAUGUGACUAAAGCUUCUUUGUCACCCGAUGCAUCUGAUUUUGAACAUAUAGCAGAUGUACCUUCUAGGCCAACCUCCUCCAACAGCAACCCCUUUAAGGGUUCCAGAUGCUCCACCACAGGGAGUUCUCCAAACAACAUUAGUGACCUUUCUGUGGCCUCCCUGACAGAGAAGAUACAAAAAAUGGAAGAAAACCACCACAGCACAGCAGAAGAGCUUCAAGCCACUUUGCAGGAGCUGUCAGACCAGCAACAAAUGGUGCAGGAGCUGACAGCAGAAAAUGAGAAGCUAGUGGAAGAGAAGGCUCUGCUGGAGACCUCCUUUCAUCAGCACAAAGAGAGAGCAGAACAGCUUAGUCAAGAAAAAGAAAAGCUGAUGACUCUCUUACAAGAGCGAUCCAAGAAUGAAGAAACCAAAGUUCAGGAGGGGAAAAUCCUUGAACUGGAGCAGAAAUGCACAGAAUUGCUUGAGAAAGCACAGUUUGAAAGAGAAAAGCUGCUCAACAUCCAGCAACAAUUAUCCAGCAGCCUACGGAGCUUAGAAAGGGAGCAUCAAGAUGCUCAGGAGGUGAUCAAGGGCCUGAGAGAGGAAAAUGAGAAGUUGGGUGGGCUUUUGGAAAUGGAACGACAGAACAACAGCAUUGUGGCAAAGUCUCUAGAGAACUGUAAAGUUUCCUUAGAAGGCCUGAAGAUUGAAAAUGGAUCUCUCAGAACUCAAUUAGAAAGUGAGAAACAAAAAGCUGCAGAGAUCAAUGCAAUGGGAUGUAUUACUGACAACUCUGAGGUGCAAGAGAUGCUGAAAGUGGCCCAUGCAGAGAAGGAUCAGUUAGAACUGGCUUGUACAGAGCUCAAACAAGAGCUGCUGAAGGCAAACAGUGAAGUAAAACAUGUCCAGGGUCUACUGGCCAAGGUGGAGAAGGAAUGUGGUCAGCUGAAGGAACUGUAUGACCGACAGGCUGAACAGCUGAGCAGAACCAGCCUGAAGCUGCAGGAGAAAACUUCUGAGAAUGAGUCUGAGAUCAAAAACCUGAAGGAGAUCAUCUUUGAGCUGGAGGACCAGGUGGAGCAGCAACGUGCUAUCAAACUGCACAGCAACCAGCUCAUCAGUGAACUGGAGAGUAAUGUGAUGAAGCUAGAAGAGCACAAACUGGAUCUGGAGAGGCAGCUGAAGGGUCUGACUAAACAGAUAAAGGAAGAUACAGAGGAGUGGAGGCGUUUUCAAGCUGACCUGCAGACUGCAGUGGUGGUGGCCAAUGAUAUCAAGUGUGAGGCUCAGCAGGAGCUGCGGGUGGUGAAGAGGAAGCUCCAGGAGGAAGAGGAGAAAAGUGUCAAGCUGCAGAAGGAGCUGGAGGAACUGCAGGGCAGCAGCAGGCUGACAACUGAGGAGGUGAAUUCUGUAGAAGCAGAUACCACCAACCCCUGGCAAGGAGUCUAUGUCAGCAGGGCAUCACCCAUUCCCUCAGAGUCUGCAGCUACUGUCAAGUCACUCAUCAAGUCAUUUGACUUGGGAUGCUCAGGGAGCACUGGGCAGAGUAUCACAGUUCACAAGGUCCCAAGGAGCCCUCUGAGUGGAAUUCCGGUGAGGACAGCCCCAGCAGCCGCUGUCUCCCCCAUGCAGAGGCAUACUGCUUAUAGUAACGCAAAGCUGCUCAGCAAAGGAGUCGACAAACACACAGAUCUUCCAGACCUUCCCCUUGCAGACCUUCUAAAAGGGAGGAGUGAGGACCUGAAACCAGACCAUUACCUCCGCAAGAGCCCUUCCCUGGAGUCUCUGAGCAAACCCCCCUCAAUGGCCUUCAGCAGCAGGAUGCUGACCUCCAGCCCAAGCAGCCUGAGACCCCCUAGCAAACUCAGUGUGGAGAGAAAGGACCCAUUAGCAGCCCUGGCCCGAGAGUAUGGUGGCUCCAAGAGGAAUGCACUGCUGAAGUGGUGUCAGAAGAAGACUGAAGGUUACCCGAACAUUGACAUUACCAACUUCAGCAGCAGCUGGAGCGAUGGGCUGGCCUUCUGCGCUCUCCUCCACACCUACCUGCCUGCACACAUUCCAUACCAGGAGCUCAAUGGCCAGGAUAAAAAAAGAAAUCUGCUUUUGGCUUUUCAAGCUGCUGAAAGUGUGGGCAUCAAACCCAGUCUGGAACUCAGUGAGAUGAUGUACACAGACCGGCCAGACUGGCAGAGCGUGAUGCAGUACGUGGCCCAGAUUUACAAGUACUUUGAGACCUGAGCCCAGAGCAGAAGGUGGGCAGAAGUGAGGAAGAGACUGAAGAAUGCCACAGAAGCACUUGAUCACUUUAAAAAUCGCCUCUUUUCUAUUCCAUGAGCCAACUGAGGCUCCUAGGUUGCAAGGAAAGCUCUUCCACAGUUCUGAUCACAUCUCAGUAACCUCGGACUGCAACCAAAUAAAAAUCCAUUGUCUACCUUUACAAACCAAAUACAGCUGUAAGUUUAUUUCAAUAUGGAAACUACAAAGGGUUUUCUGCCAUUGUGGGAUAUUUCUGAAGAUGAUGCCAUUGUGCUUGAUAAUGAUUGCCUUUCAAAUCAAACUCUGCCAGCUGGAGACUUGCCACAGAACGAAGUGAAUGCAACAUGUACUUUGUAAAUCAGUGCCUCAAGUAAUGCUGGCACAGUAUUGUUAAUGAGCCAGUUGACAACAGUGCUCCUCUAACACACAAGUGAGUCCAUCUCUCCCCUCCUUUCCCCGUACGUUUUAUAUAUACGCUCCAAGACAGAUACACACACACACACACACAAGUGCGUGUAGAGCCUCAUGCUUCCGGAGAUUGACUUAUGCUGGCACACUAAGACAAACAGACACACUAGGUUGCCUGACUUAGGUCAGUCUGCAGGGUCUGCAACAGGAUCUUUUUCUGACUCAGAGGCUAUGUGCUAUCACAAGUCAGCCAUAGCGGUACAAAAGGGAACCAGUAGGUGCUGUGACUCCGUUCCUGAUCAAACAAAGGUAACCACUUUGAUUUGUGAGAAGAAUCACCCCAUUGCUUCAGUGAUAAACCUUGUAGGGAGCCAGAACCCUGAUACAUACCAGCUGACUCCGCCGGCAGAGUCAUUUCUGUAGUGCUGCAAAUGCAACUAGUUAGCUUUAUUACACAAGGCACAAAUAACCAGGCAGUGACUUGUUAAACCUGAGUAAUCUGUGAUAUCUGAGCUACACAUUUGUGGCAGGUUUAUGUAGAGUAAACUCAUUACUCCAGGUUGUUCCUGAUUAAUUUCCAAGAAUGUGUAAAUACUUGUUACUUACUACCCAGAAGGUGUUGUUAGCUGUGCUCUGGGCAGUGAAGUGAAGUGCAUAGGUUAUUACUGUAUGUUUAGACUUGAGGUUACUGUGUAAAAGAACACACAAGAGAUUAAUACCAAUGGCAACAUGUAACUGUAUUCCGUAUAUUACAGCAAAUAUAGCAGGCAACUCUUCGUUGUGUCACUGAAGCCAGAGCUAAGCCUAUGGGAUCCCAGCAAUCCUGCUGAUAUCUCCUGGCAUAAGGCAGUGUUUAAUUUGUCACUGUACAUGCCUCUCUUUAUUUGACCUCGUAAACUUGAAUCUUCAGAGCUAGUGAGACGCAGUAAGAACCCCUUGGAAAAAAGGAAGUGAAAGGCAGGCCGGGUAAGCCAUUUGCUCUCAGAUGGUCUCUCAGAAUGUGCUCUUUGUGUGUGAUCUACCCACAUUGUGCUGAUAAAAGAAAAUGCUUGUUUACUUACAAUGUUUAACCUUGUGGCCCAGUCCUGAUGCCUCAUGAAUAUUAAUCACCUGCAGCUAGGGGUCAUUCUUCCUUACCUAAGGAAACAGAGCGUGCUCCCUGUUCUAACUCGCCCCUCUAGUGAGGCAGAAACAGGUGUUUUUGAUGGAGAAGCUAGGUGUUUUCAGCUUUCUGAUGCUUUGCAAAUGCCCUGCACUUACUUGCUGUUGUCUCCCAUCAAAGUGCUUUGGUUGCUUGAUACAAUGCUAGAGUCCACAAGCAGCUCAUUUCAAACCUUGGGUUUCUCAUUUUAAAAAACUCAAGUUCUUCCCUAGUGAUAAAUGGUAAUUCCCAGUCUUGGAUUUAUAUUUAGAAUUUGGGUCUUGUUGGUUUUUCCUAAAUAUCUCUAAUUUAAGCCCUUCUUUCCAUGAGCUUUGUCUGUAAAUGGUUGUGGUUCUGGUGCUACUACAGUGCCCAAGGCAGCUUUCCAAGAGCUGGGAGGAGAGAAGGGAAGGAUCAGGCUGCAGUCAUGUAGACCUUGCACCCAAGGGGAAGUCAGACCACUUGGCCAUGAAUUCACCUAAAGGGUAGUGCUCAGAUGGCACAGCUCAGUCCCAUGCAAAAUCUAUAGGCAGCAUCCAGGUAUGUGAGGUGCUCCUGUUCCUGGAAUAGGCUAGUUUAAAAGUCUGAUCCUUUGCAGAGCUCACUCCCUGCAAGUACUGAUGGUCAGAGGUGGGUAUGUUCAGGAGGUCUUGAGUGCUGGUCACCCACCACACUUGCUAUCACCUUUUGAAAUCAAAUAACUACUGGGAGGCACAUAACAGACCCAGCAGCACAGCAGGUGCAACCUACCUGGUACAUUCAGCAGCACAGCAAGUGCCUUUAUCUGGAUCUGAAGCAAGGACAGAACUUAAGCAGUUGGACUAUUCCUGGAGGAGAGGAGGGGUUGAUCAUGUUACGCCUGGACUGUAUUGGCAAGGAGGCCUAAAACAUCCCAGUUUUAAGAUUGUUCCAAGAUGGGGUCUAUUUCUGUCAUUUCCUGUAGUUCUUAAGAUUAUUGUCAUGGGACUGGAUGCCUGUUUUGUUGCCAGCUGUCUCAGCAGAAGGAGACUAAGCCAGCAAGAGUUGAAUCUAGGUCCUGAUAGAGGCUGCAAGCUCUGGAACAGUGUCAAAAAGAGAGACUUUAAUCUCUUAAAGGUAUUUGUUGUUGCUCAAUUUGUUUUUCCUUAAUGAUGUAGGCAGGAUGGAGGGAGGGGUGUGUGUGGAAUGGCCCUGGCCAAUGAGCAAACUGAACAGAGGAGGUGACAAAAGUCCAGUUUAUAACUGUCUUUCAUGAAAGGCACGAGGAAUGAAAGUCUCCAAGAGACUUGUGAGAGUCCUUGUAACAGGAAUAAGAAGUGGCACAAACUUAACUCAAGCUCCUGACACUUUGUGGGUGUGCUCAUGUAGCUUUCCAGGCUGUGGGUGCUGCCGAGAGCCCCAGCUGGACUGAGCAUCAUUGCAGGGUAUUCCCAAACUGAAGUUGUUUUCCUUCUAAUUUAAAUGUUUAGGUUAAAUUCCUUUUCAAGUGUGUUGCAUAGUUGGAUUUGGUGGCCUUAGAGUACAUGGAAUGUACUGAUUUAGCCAUUUUAAAAGCUUUGAUUUGGGUCUCUUAUGCUUUCAUAAGGGGGUGCAGAAGUGUAACUCUGAAGUUGGUUGGUAAGAAAUAUUCACUUGUGAAGGGCUCCAUACUGUGGUAUUCCACUCCUGUCUGGAUGCAGCAGGUUCCUCUUAUUCCCUCAUUCUGCCCUCCCCGAACAUAGUUCAUAUUCUCUUGGGGGGGCGUAACCCAAUCCCCCUGAAGUCAACAGAAGGGCUUCUCUUGGCUUCAGUGGGUUUUGAAUGAGGUUCAUGAAGAGGUGAGAACAAUGGCAGCACAGUUUUCAUUCCCAGACUCCAGACAGCACAUUAGAGCCAGAAAUCACAUCUUUCCAAUACGGUAGUUUUAACCCACACUUGCCAGAAGUACCGUGCUGCCUGUGAUACACUGCACAGACAGGUGAUAAACACAUGUAUUGUGGAGUGGUGACAGCAGCACUUGCCCUGAGACUUAUUCGAGCAUUUAUUCUAAUCCGUUGCCUCAAAAUUGAUUCUAACAUUCCAAAUCCUUCAACAGCUUCAGAUGGUUGCUGUGGGUUUUGUUUUGUUUUUUCCAAUCAACUUGCCAGGGAAAUGUUUUCUCAGGCUCCUUGUGGCUUUGGAAUUCCCUCUCCCCAAAAAUACCAGAGCUCCAUGCCCAGGACAAGGUAGGGUUCCGGCCUGGGUUUCUAUAGAUGAAGGCAUCGCUGUUCUAAAAUAUUGUUGAGUCCUGAAGCCUAGCAAUUUUAGUCUUUUGCCAUUGGAAAGGGGAGAUUCCUAGCUUCUCACUAGGACCUAGGGCUCCCUUCCAGGCAUGAGAAGUCCCAAAAAAUCCAUCUUUGAAGUCCUGAUAUUUCUAGGUCUAGAACGCUCUUGUCGGUCAUUUGAGCAGUUUUUACAUGUGAUAGCUUUCAGUUUUCUAUCUCCCUGAGCUUUGCACAGCUUCAAUCCUGGGCUUCUAUUUUCAAAGUGACUAGUGAUUUGAGGUGCCUCCAUUUUUGCGUGUCCAAGAUGAGACACUUGGAACUGGCCUGAUUUUCAGGAAGUGCUGAGCAUCUACCCUCUGAAAACAAGCCCCUUCUAAGGUGUUUUGAAGUGGGCACCCAGAAAUUGAGGCUCCUAAGACUCCUAGUUGCUUUUGAACGUUUAGACCCUGCUAACUCAGGCUCCUGGCUUUAAGAAAUAGCCCAGUCGCAUUUUGGAGAAGCCUCUAACACAUGCUUAGAAUAGUCCUAUACAGAAUGCCUGGUCGUGUGGGUUUGGAUAAAUGUUUUUAUCAGCAAGAGUUAGUAAUGCUCUGCAUAACUCCCAUGUGGCUUUACCUCUUCAGAGGAAUAUACCAUUCCCAGACUUGCCCUGAUGAAACCUUUAUACCACACCGUGUGCUCCCCACAUAUAUGAUGCUCACUCUCUUGCACUUGUGCACAUCUACAUGUGCCUAGUUAGUUUUGGCAGGUCCCUAGACAUGUAAGUCAAUCCUAAAUGCUGACUUCGGCUUAGCUCUUGAGGAAGGUGGGGAAGAGGACAGUUGAGCUGCAGUUCCAGGAGCCUUGGCUGAAGGGAUCGCAUUGUGUAGCUGUUGCACAAUGGCUGCUAGGAAAGAGAGGAAACGAAGUGGGUGGAAAGUAUAGGAUCUAACUCACAAAGUCACUGAUCCCACAUAGAAAGCACGAAGUAUUUCAUGUCAUGGGAGGGGAAGGCAGAGAUGAGCCAUGGGGUGGGAGAGGGGGUUGGGAAGCCAGCCCAGGGUCUGGGCCUUCUGGGAAGGAGAGGAUUUAUAGUGAAGCUGAUGUGCUGUUUCAGAAGAAAGGCACAAGCUGAGUGAAUGUACGGGGUGUGUGAAAGGGAAAGGGCAGAAGUGUUUGGGUCUGUGUGAGAUAGUAUAGGCCUCAGAAGUCUUGAUGUCUUGAAUUUCCUUCAGCUGUCAGUGUGUGGUCUGUCCUCUUAGUUAUCACUACUGUCCCAGAUAACCAAUCUGUUAUCCUGCUCUGUUCAGCUGCCUUUCGUAAGCAGAGAAAAAGAAGCCAGUUCUGCCGUAGCCCCCUUCAAAUUUCUUUGAAUGUCACAGGCUUUGCCAGAUUUCUGCUCUGAACUUCCAAAGCCUGUGACAUUGUAACCCGAGUCCAAAACAGGACUUGGGUUACAAGCGUUAAGACAUUUCACACAGUUGGCAAUAGCGUCUACGUUUCCAAAUUGGAAUUGCUUUCCACCAACUCUAGUGCUAUUUAGGCUCAGCCACCUACACAGUGUAGAGUCCAGGCAGCAAUCUACCCACCAUUAACAUUUUUCACAGCCAGUGAGCUCUUCAUUUUUCACUAGCACGUGUGCCAAUUUUCACGGGGCAGUGCUGGGCACAGCAUUUUUAUUGGGUUUGACCCAGACUAGAAUUUUGCCAAGUAGAAGAACCAUGUCUAAUAGUCAAGUAAUUUUAGCUCGGUCCAUUGGAUACAGUUGUUACAUCCAUGAUCUAAUUUAUACAAAGAGCACACUAGAAUGUAUAUACUAGGCAUUGUCAGAUUUGGACAUGCUCAUACAGAUGUAUUUAAAGAUUAACACUAUUAAAAGAUACAAUGCAAAAUCUGUGUACUAUUUCUAAUAAAUCUUUUUUUUUUUUCUGA